UGUUCGGACACAUACAGCUCGGGAAAAUGGCUUUGGGCAGCAACGCUCUGAGGGUGAUCUUCUUCCUCGUGAUGGUGGUGUGCGCCGUGCAUGCGGGGAAGCCCGCCCCGAAGGAGAAGGAAAACGAGAAGUCGAGCGAGGCCGCCGCCGCGCCGGAGGGCGCCGCGGAGGCGUCCGGACCGGGCGGGUCCUUCGACAUAUCCAAGCUGGGAGCCAAGGGCGAUGGCAAGACGGACAGCACCAAGGCCCUGACGGAGGCGUGGGCGUCGGCGUGCGCGAAGACCGGAGCGCAGAAGAUCCUGAUCCCCAAGGGAGACUACCUGACGGGGCCCCUCAACUUCACGGGGCCGUGCAAGGGCUCCAUUACCAUCCAGGUCGACGGCAACCUGCUCGGCUCCACCGACCUCAACCAGUUCAAGGCCAACUGGAUCGAGAUCAUGCGCGUCGACAACCUCGUCAUCACCGGCAAAGGCAAGCUCGACGGCCAGGGGCCCUCCGUCUGGAGCAAGAACGCCUGCGAUAAGAAAUACGACUGCAAGACCCUGCCCAACUCACUGGUGCUAGACUUUGUGAACGACGCCACCAUCGAGGGGAUCACGCUGCUCAACGCCAAGUUCUUCCACAUGAACAUCUUUCAGUGCAAGGGCGUGACGGUCAAGGACGUGACCGUCAGCGCGCCGGGGGACAGCCCCAACACAGACGGCAUCCACAUGGGGGACUCGUCCAAGAUCACCAUCACUGGCACCACCAUCGGCACCGGCGACGAUUGCAUCUCCAUCGGCCCGGGGACCUCAGGCGUCAACAUCACCGGCGUCACCUGCGGCCCCGGCCACGGCAUCAGCGUGGGCAGCCUGGGGCGGUACAAGGACGAGAAGGACGUGACUGACAUCACGGUCAAGGACUGCACGCUCAAGAAGACGACCAACGGCGUCCGAAUCAAGUCCUACGAGGACGCCGCGUCGGUGCUCACCGCCUCCAAGAUUCACUACGAGAACAUCCAGAUGGACGACGUGGCCAACCCCAUCAUCAUCGACAUGAAGUACUGCCCCAACAAGAUCUGCACCGCCAAGGGCUCCUCCAAGGUCACUGUCAAGGACGUCACCUUCAAGAACAUCACCGGCACCUCCUCCACCCCUGAGGCCGUCAGCUUGCUCUGCUCCGACAAGCUGCCAUGCAGCGGCGUCACCAUGGCCGACGUCAAGGUCGAGUACAAGGGCACAAACAACAAGACCAUGGCCGUCUGCACCAACGCCAAGGGCACCGCCAGUGGCUGCCUCAAGGAGCUGGCCUGCUUCUGAUUGGUUCAUCCAUCCAUUUCUCUGCCCCAGCCAUUAUCAUGGGCAACUAUAUAUAUUUUGUUCUUCUUUCUUCACAAAAGGAGAUGGAUCUGCCCCUGAGGUCAUCGCCCAAACCCUU